AUGCCACAGCUCCGCCUUCAAAUCAAGAGCGCAUACGUUGACGAUGUGCCGACGUUCUCGGAAGGCGAGCAAGAGCCCCUCACUUUCAGGACAGCACGUCCCACGGCCAUGUUAAUACCCAAGCCCGUAUUUCGGCGCCAAGCACCGUUCCCACGGUUGCCAGGACAAAGGGACCUGAACAAUGACCUGGCCGAGGGCAGCGUCGAAUCGCGCUCUGAAUCAGGUUCUACGCCGCAGCCAAGUGCGGGAAAUUCGUCCACGUCGAGUUCCGCGCGACGCGGCAUCUUGCGUUCGGCCAUCAAGCGCCACGGCAACACCUCGACUGCCCGGAGGCGUGUCCAUUUUCAAACCGACCUCGGCGCCAGGGACCGAUUCACCAAUGCGCCGUCGACACCGCGGCAUCCAUCUCUCGUCAGUGCCUCGCCGGAACCGGUGAGAGUCAAGCUCGAGGACGAAGAUGGAUUGGGCACUUGCCUCGGCGCGCCUGCGGGUCGCAACGAAGCAGGCGGAGUAGACUCCCUGGGUCACGGGAGCAGGACAGAGGCAAAUUCUCUGUUUUUUGCUCAAGACGAGCCUGCGUGGCAACACGAAGAGGCUGCGACGAGCCUGGGAAGAAGGACAAAGGGCCGUCGCCGCAAGGUCGGAGUGUGGCGCCCAGGCAUGUCCAGGGGCUUGUUUGCCAAGCUGCUCGAGAUGCCAUUGAGCGCCGCGGGAGAAUCUGCUGCUCAGCGCAGGAGGCCCGUGAUUCGUGCGGUGCGAGAGUCCAAGCUUCGUCGUAAGGCCACGCGUACUCUGCGAGAGGCUAAGCGUGCAUGCCCUCCCACCAGCGUACCUUCCAUUGUAGUCGCACCCGCGACGGAGGCGCUGAGUUCCGACCCGGCGAAACCACCGCCUGAGGCACUUCCUGUACGGCAGCUGUCUUUGAGCUACAGCGCGACCAACGUUCGCGAUUUUCUGAUUUGUGCGUCGGCGAUGCUGGGCAGCAGCAGACACAUGCUACACUUUCCGCCCCUCCAGCUGCUCAGCGGGCUGCGUGCCCUGGCACACGACCUGCUGCAGCGCUCGCAACCGAUCCGCGACGCAGAGCAUCAGAUUCCAGCUCACGAAAGAAGCACGAUCCGCAGACUGCGUGAUUUGCUCAAACACAUCCUCGUCGCAACGCAGAUCACCAAACUCCUGCCCGCCAAGGUCAACCUCAAAAUGUGGGAGCAGUCGCGCUGCAUCAGUCUCGACAAGGUAGAUGCCAUCAAGAGGCUGCUCGACCGUGCUCUGCUGCCGCAGCCGGCAUGCUCGCCAUCCGUCAAGAGUGAGAAGCUCAAAGUGCCGAAUGCAUCGACGCAACAUCUCCUUGUCCCUGCUCGAACUCGAUGA